UUGAUGACACCAGUCAUAUUUAUUUUCACGUAUAGACAAAACACCAACUGUUGUAGCCAUCAUAGCUUAUAUGUAGCCUCUAUACACAAAAACUCAAAUGCAGAGCAGAAGCCCUUACGAGAAGCUCUCACAAUUAAGUAGAAAACAGACAAAAAGAUGGUUCUUUCGGUUUCCAUAUUUGCCUCUCUUGCACCAUACUUAGUCUCUGCGUUACUUCUCCUCGUUCUCAUCGAGCAACUCUCUUACCUUGUAAAGAAACGUAACCUCCCUGGCCCUCUCUUUGUUCCUCCGAUCAUCGGAAAUGCUGUUUCACUCGUCCGUGACCCGACUUCCUUCUGGUACAAGCAAUCCGACACGGCUGGAACUUCCCGUGGCCUCUCUGCCAACUACCUCAUAGGAAAAUUCAUCAUCUACAUCAGAGACACUGAGCUUUCCCAUCAAAUAUUCUCCAACGUUCGUCUCGAUGCAUUUCACCCUCUCGGACAUCCUUUUGGCAAACAGCUCUUCGGUGAUCAUAGCCUCAUCUACUUGUUCGGUGAGGAUCACAAAAGCGUUCGCCGUCACCUUGCUCCUAACUUCACCCCCAAGGCACUCGCAACCUACUCUGAUAUCCAACAAUUAGUUAUGCUCCGUCAUCUACGACAGUGGGAGGAAAGUUUCUCCGGUGGAUCUAAGCCGGUGUCUAUGCGAGAUCUUGUCCGUGAACUCAAUCUUGAAACUUCUCAAACUGUUUUUGUCGGACCCUACCUUGACAAAGAAGCUAAGAACACGUUCCGUACUGAUUAUAAUCUGUUCAAUGUCGGAUCAAUGGCGCUCCCAAUCAACCUCCCUGGCUUCGCGUUCAGCAAAGCUCGCCGGGCGGUGAUGAACCUGGAAGAGACACUAGCCUCAUGCGCCGGAAAAUCCAAAACGAGGAUGGCCAAAGGGGAGGAGCCGACAUGCUUAAUCGAUUUUUGGAUGCAUGCGAUUGUCACGGAGAUAGAGUCCGGGAAUCCGCCGCCGGUUCACUCGGAAGACGAAGCCAUCGGCGGUUUGCUCUUCGAUUUUCUCUUUGCCGCGCAAGAUGCUUCCACGUCAUCACUCCUUUGGGCAGUGGCGUUUCUUGAAUCGGACCCGGAAGUGUUAAGCAAAGUGAGGGAGGAAGUGGUCAAGAUAUGGUCGCCUGAGUCCGGGAAGCUAAUCACGGCCGAUCAGCUCGCCCAAAUGAAGUACACGCGUGCUGUGGCGCGUGAGGUAGUGAGAUACAGGCCACCGGCAACUAUGUAUCCGAAAUAA